CUUCUUUUUGUUUAUUCUGACUGGAAGAAGUUGGAGAAGAAUAAUGGCAGACUAUCUCCGAUGCAUUUCUGUAUUCAUAAGAUCUGGCGAAUGACGCCUAUGUACAUGCUGAUAGUAAGUUUGGUCAUUGUUCUCCCAUUGCUCGGGUCAGGACCUUGGUGGAAUGAAACUAUAAAGCCUGAAUAUGAAAACUGUAGAAAUUACUGGUGGAGAAACCUUUUGUUCAUCAAUAAUUUUUUUCACGUAAAGGAAUUGUGUAUGUUACACACUUGGUACAUGUCAUCCUAUAUGCAGAUCUAUGCAGUGUCGUUAGUAAUCCUAUUACUUUUGUACCGCUGGCCAGUACUUGGAUGGAUUUGCAAUAUGGGAAUGCUGCUAGGUGGUGCUGUUCUGACAGGGGUUGUCACAUAUUUAUACCAUCUUCCACCCACAGCUUUGUUUUCAGUUGGAUCUUACAAACGUUAUGAAGAGGUGAUGACCCUUGUAUACACCAAACCGUAUUCCCACGUCGGAGCAUUUUGUGUUGGAGUUGGUCUUGGUUAUGUUAUCAUCAGAUGGCACUCUGUACUACUGACUAAGAAAGUUCAAGUGAUAGGAUGGUCCUGCUCUAUUUUUUUAUGCCUGUUAACACUGUGUGGACCAUACCAAUAUAGAAGAGGUACACCGAUGCAUCCUGUCCUUGCUGCAGUCUAUGCAGCCUGUCACAGAACAGUCUGGGCCCUUGGAGUCAGCUGGGUUGCUUUUGUCUGCAUUUCUGGAUAUGGAGGAAUUAUCAACAAGUUCCUAUCCUCUAAAAUCUUCAUACCGCUAAGCAACCUAAGUUACUGCUUUUAUUUGGUACACCCGCUUGUAUUGUUCUAUCGACGUGGAUCUCUCCAGGAACGUCUGUUUCUUAGUCAUUUCGAAAUGAUGUACUUGUUUCUUGGAAACACCGCUUUUUCAUUGGUUCUUUCUUACGUCUGUAAUGUCACAGUAGAGCAGCCCUUCAUUCAUUUGGAGUCCCUUACCUUCAGAGCCAAGACAGAAAAGAAAAGCACCAUUAAACCGCAUUCAACUUUACCAACUCAAAACUGCGAUCUAAAAACUAUUAAGGCUCCAGAACCCAAGAUGACACCACAAACGCUUGAAUAAGCUAAUCAAAAUCACAUUUAGAUGCAGCGAAUCAUUUUAAAAACGUACAGAGGAACAAAAUUUUUUAACACAUAUUUUAUGAUAUAACACAAGUACUUGUUUAAGACAGAACAUUUUUUUGUUGAAGAAUAAUGUUUACAUAAGGGAGAAAUCUCUCUUUUUAUGCCAGUACUUCAAAAAAGAAAAGAGUAGACAGGGUUUUGUUUUAUCAAUGAUAGAUGUAGUAAAUUAUAAUUUAUUCAUUUGAUAUUGAGAACUUUUUCUCAAAUC